CUUAUAAUCAAAUAAAUAAUAAACAAACUUAAGUAUUUUCGACGUGUUGGCAACUGUGUAAAUUCGUAGUAAUCCGUAGCUGUUAUUUACUGGCGUGUUUAUGAAUGUGAAAAUCUGCUUUUUGACAAGUGAAAAAUAAUUAUUUUCCCGAUUUACAAAAUAGAGAUCCAAAUAAAGUAUUACUUUAUUCCAAUGCCAUUCAAGUUAGUGAAAAAUUUUCCCAGCGCCAAGUAAACAAUAGACGCCAUAAACAUUUAAGCUGGAUAUUGGACCAAAAAAUGGCGAUAUUACAAUCAAUUUUUAAAAGGUUUUUCAGUAUAUUUUUGCAUGUAUCCUUGUAAAAUGACGAUUUUACACCUGUGUUAGUCUUUUGUACAUCGAACACUUAAUAAUGGAUCAUGAUGGGUACGUCUUAAUCAUCAACAUAGGACAGACUUUUGCGACAAUUUUUACGUGAGAAAAAAUGUCUAGAGGAUAUGGAAAAUAUCGUCGUGGUGGUGGGUCCCAUGCCAGUUUCCACUUUGAUAACUUGUUCAAAGAAAAUAGCAAUAGACCCUCGGCUGCUAGGUCAGCAGCUACUGUGGGAAAAUGGGGGAUAACCUCAUUCACAUCUAUCCGUACUUUAAAUGGUUUAAAUGAUUCUAAAUCAGGUGCAUCAGAUGCUGCACCAAAACCAAAAAAAUUCUUCAAAAGUAGAAAUACAGAGCCACCUGACAUAAGUCCAUCAUAUUCAAAGUCUUCUUCAAAUCAUUCACCUCCUAAACGAGCCCGCACCACUUAUGAACCCAGUGAUAGGACAACUAGAGCUUCAUCUCCAAGAAAAUUUUUUUCUUCUAAGAGCAGCAGUACCACUACAGAAAAAGAAAAGACUGUCUUAAGUUCAAAUGUAAAUAAAACUAAAAGUACCGAAGCCACUAAACCACCGAUAGUAUUAAGAAUAUGCAGGGGGAAAAGCCAGCUAUUAAAUGAUUCUGACGAGUCUGAAAGUACACCUACACCUUCUAGUACACCAAGCACAUCAAAUGCAACUAGCCCUCGGUCCGUCCGGGAGACAUCUCGGCCAACCAAUUGUCGGAUCACAAGAUCAGCACGGCGUAGCAUGCAGCAAGACCCCAGUAGUUCACCAGCAACAGCUGAUACCCCUGCCGAAUUUUCUCUCUUCACCAGUCCGAAAGACGACAGCGAUCUCUCUCCUCAAUACAUCCCUGCUGAGAAGUACGAAUUGGAACGUAAGGCGAUGUACGACAAUCUCCUCAGACCGAAUUCCCCCAAGGAGACCAACACGCAAUCGAACCAACGAGUACCGCACGAGAGGAAAGCCAAAUCUCCCAAAGAGAGCGCUAGUAUAGUAGAGUCUGUCAAAGAGAAAGAAGAAGAAGAGGAGGAUGAGUGUGCUGCUGCUGCUGAUGAUACGGAAAACCAAGCUGAAGAGGAUAUGGAAAUAGACAUUCCAUCUGUGUCGGCAGUAGUCGUAGAAAAUAAUAUUCCCCCUAUGGGGGACGAAGAAGAGGAAGAGGAGGAGGAGGAGGAAGACGAAGUCGACGGACAAGAUGUCGAGAUGGAUGAAGUCGGUGAUAGUCCGGUACCUGCAGACACAGAAACGUAUCUGGAAACAGAGGAAGCUGAACCAGAAGCCGAGCCUGAACCGGAACCUGAAGCAGAGCCAGAACCAGAACCCGAGGCUGAGCCUGAGUGUGAGCCCGAGCCUGAACCUGAACCAGAACCAGAACGGCAUAGUAGAUCUAUAAUAGAAGAGGACUGGAGUACCGAUUCGGAUUCCAAUAGUACUGCUCCUGAGAUGGAGGUGAAACAAAUUUUACCUGAUCCUAAUUAUAAAAUUAAUACCAUAGAAGAGCACAAGUCAGAAAUACUCGACAAAAUUCUAGAGAAACCUCCGGACCCUACGCCGCCAGUCAAGCUUGUCAUCUCCAAAAAAAAGGGAAGCAUCUUCAAAAGCCGCACCCUUGUAGACGACGGCGUAAGUAAAAAACGUCGUGCCCUCUAUAAACAUAAGUGGACGGACGAUAAUAAAGAGCCUUCUAAAGAAGAAGAAAAGGAAGAGGCCGAAGGAGAGAGUUCGUCAAAUCCAGAAGGAAAAGUCGAGGAGGACUUCGACUUUAAAGAAGAGUCUUUACAGAGAGUGGUGAAAGAAGUAGAUGAAGAGGAAGUUACUAGUGUUAAGUGUACCAGAAAUAAUAAGGGGUAUUAUACAGUAGUGAGGAAUGUAAAAAAGGCGCACCAAAUCCAAGAAAUUGGUGAAUUCCAAGAAUUCAACGACGACGUGGAGUACAUCCAGGAUGCACUACAGGACAACAACCCUAUCAGCACUAGAUGUCUUUCAGCAAUAACGUUAGCUUCGAAAUGCAUGGCCCCCGCUUUCAGGAUGCACGUCCGAGCCCACGGGACUGUCGCGAAGUUCUUUAAGGCAUUACACGAUGCACCCAAAAAUCAAAGUCUUGGACUGUGUACAGCUACGGUAAUGUUCGUUCUCAGUCAAGAUCGACUUAACAUGGAUCUCGACAGAGAUUGCCUGGAACUGAUGUUGAAUCUCUUAGAAUCGGACGUAAGCUAUCAACAAGCUCUGGACGAGUGCGGCCUUAGUAGUGCACAAUUAGAAAAGAACAAGCUGAAAGUGAGAGAGUUGUGCGCAGAAAUACAGAGCCAGGGCCAUGCUAUGCAUUUGAAUUUGGAAUCUAUAACGGUUGGGCAGUUGGCUAUGGAGACGUUAUUAAGUCUGACUUCGAAACGAGCAGGGGAGUGGUUUAAGGAGGAGCUUCGGGAACUGGGUGGUUUAGAACAUAUCAUGAAGACAAUUCACGAAUGUUGUCGGCAAGUUUCCGACUAUGUGGUUACAUGGACUGAUACAUUGUUAGAUAAGCUGAAAAAGGUGGAUAGGUGUUUAAGGGUAUUGGAAAAUGUAACGCAUAAUAAUGAAGAAAACCAAAACUAUAUCCUUAAAUAUAACGAGGGUGCCAUAUUGGAUACUCUAGUUAACUUGUACAAAUUAUGUGAUGGAGAAAUACCGCUAUAUCCAGUGACUGAUAUUACAGAUAAGACUUCUACUGGUACAAUAAUCAGGGAGGCAUUAUUAGUUACCUUAAAGGUGCUCAUCAAUCUCACUCACCAUUUCAACAACCAGUCCAUUGGUAGUCAAUUGAUUGGUACCAGAGCUGGAAUUAUUGAAACCAGUCUUCAUUUACUACUGCAGGUGCCUAAUUACAUUCCCGAACAGAAGAAGUUUGAAUUGGGAGUUCUAGUUCUCAUGUUGUUAAUAAAUCUCAUACAGGACCAAGAUUCGAACAAGAAACUUCUUAUGGCAGCCAAGGCACCUUCGAAACUUGAAAGCAUAUAUUCACGAGAAGAGAGUGCGGUGGAAGCCUUAAUAGCCCAGUUUUAUCAUUGGGAAGGUUGUGCUAUGGUAGCGGAAAACAAGACGAACGCUAUUUUAGACGGAGAGAAAGAUGGUGAAGAUCCGCCAAAAUCGACACCAAAAUCGAAUGAAGAAUUCAUUGAAGAGACUGUCGCUAAAUUGUUGCAGAAGGCUGGAACCCAUAUGGAAUUUACAUUCCUCGCUUCAUACAUUGUCAUGCUUGUUGGUUUUCUCAUCACAGACAAUCUCGAAUGGCAGCAGUUUGUUAGACAAUUCCUGAAAGGAAAUAACUUCGCUGAUAUGGUUGAGUUGCUCAAGAAGUUCUUUAAUUUCAUGAAUUUAACGGCUUCGACGGAGGCUUCAAGCGUCUGUGCGAUCAAAGCCACGGAAAAAGUGAUAAAAUUCCUGGAAGAGUGUGAUAAACCCCCGCCGGUCGAGUCGACUGCCCCCGAAAACCCUCCUCCCGCCUUUUACGAAUCCAUUGGUAUGGAUUUGAGUUAUAGGUUAACGUCGUAGAGUCUGUUAAUUACUAAUUGAAAAUAACUCAUCGUGAAAAUGGAUUUGAUGAUGGUGUAAGUACCAUCCGGUUGUCUCAAACGUGCGAAAAUGUGUUAUAUUAGAGUACCGUAGAAGUGACACAAAGAAAUAAUAUAUUUCUACGGAUUAUACUUGUCUUGUACAAAUUUUAACUUUGCUAGAAAUUUUUGAUAAAACUUCACACGGUUUUUACUUCCCAGUAAUAUUUAUGAUGAGCGUGUACCGUUUUAGUCAUGUUGAUAGUUUUGACGCUUUCCGACAGAUUGGAAAUUUGAUGUGACUUUAUUUAUAAUGAAAUUUGACAGUUUUUUCAAAACAAACUGUCAAAUUUCAUACUUAACUGCAUGAUGUUAUCACGUGAUGUAUUAAAAAUAUGCUAUCUAAAAUAUAUUAUCCAUUUGCCCAAUUAAUUCAGUAAUGGGUAUAUAUUUUUUCAACAUUAGUCAUUAGGUUAAAAAUGUUGGAAGCUUUUGUUCGUUAAAAUAUAUAAUAGUAACUGCUAUAUUCUACAGCAAAUAAAACGCUUGAUAAGUGGUUAGCUAAAUUAUGUCAGAACGUCUCUCCCUUCAGUUCUGUCCCCCCAGAGGGAGUGUAGUAUUCAUCAUGAUGUCCAUGAUAUUGUCCAUCUUCAAAGAUCUGUAUCUGCUCAUUUCUGUUAACUCAUGCAUAGGUCUUUUACAUAUUCCUGUAAUUUGGUUGAUCCGUCUUGUUGGGGAUCUUCCUGAUCUUUGGCCUUCUACCUUUCCAGGUAUAAUAAGUCCCAUGGUUACAUAAUUUCCAUGGUUUCUGUGUCUGCUCUCAUAAUAUGUGAAA